AGUGACGAUCUUAAAAGAAGGUUAGGUUUUCUUCAAACAAGAUAGCACACAGAAACGGUACAAUCGUUCCUCUAUUAAGUGGGUCAAAAUCACCCUCUAGGUUGAUUUCAUCUCAUACAACCAUCAUCGACGGCGACACCCUCUUGAAAUAUGGCCGGAAGAGAAGUCCGGGAAUACACCAAUCUUUCAGAUCCGAAAGAUAAGAAGUUAGGAAAGGGGAAAGAUAGAAUAGAUGAUGAAGAUAUCACUUUUCAACGCAUGGUUGCUAAGGGAUCUUGGCUGGUUAAUGUACACAGAUGCAAGAGGUAGCAGGAGAACGUGGUGGCUACCUCCAUGGUCGAGGGGGUAUAGUAAACUCCCUUUUUUUCAUAGAUUAUUAUCGUCUUUCUUCACAUAUAUCUGUAGGGUUUUUCUUAAAUUUGAAUUUGCAGCAUUGGACAGUGAUGAUCUGCUCUAUCUCAAGGAGCAGAUGGAAGCAGAAGAGGAUGCAGAACGCCUGCUACGUCGCACUGAAAAACGAGCAUUUGCUGCAUUUAAAAAAGCUGCAAGUUUAGCUGAUUCCGCUCCAGCUUCAAUUCCAUUGCCACUCCGAGUUGAGCCAAAGCCAAAGACUGGAAUAAGACAACAAGAUUUACUGAAAAAAGUUGUGGAAGUGAAGCCUAAGAAGCAGAAGGUUUCAACAAAAAGUAGUGGUGACGUGUCCACUGUUUCAUCAGAAUGUAAGAAGCCACAGAUUAAUAAUGUAGAAGAAGAUAAGAACCCAAUUAAGAGCUUACUUGCAGCAUAUGAGAGUUCAGAUGAUGAUGAUUAAGUGGUUUGUUGAUGAAACAGUGAAUGGUUCUAUAAAACUUUUGUAAUUGUAGUUUCAAAGUUAGUAGCAGUCUUAAUUAACCAUGGAAAAUUCAGAUUGAAAAUUUUGAUCUUACUUUGAUGUUAUACAUUUAUGUCAACAAUAUUUUGAUUUGAUAAUUGGUAUGGAUGUUAGUUAA